UCGAUUUUGCCUUGAACGCGAACGUGAGCUCGUGGGCGCCGCUGCAUAUGCUUCGACGGAAGGAGCGGGAGAUGGCGCUGCUGGAGGCCGUGAUUGGUGGAAGACGACGGGGAGUAUGACGAGGUCGGGGAGGAGAGGUUGGAAGGAUGGACGCGGGAGUCAAGCCGCCACGAACGACGAGUCAAGCCACACGGGCACGCGACCACCGUGUCUCCCGUCAAUCCGGUCGCCCAUGAGAGGGACGAAUGCGAUCAUGAGUUCAUGUCCAUGUGCUGGCGGUGGAGGAGGCGGAGGAGGGCUCAACUCGAGGUGGCCCAUCCUUGCGUCGGGGUCGUCGAUGGGGAUCAAUUGACCACCGGCAUGCAGCGGCUCAGGUCCGGACUGCUGCGCGGCCAUGGGGCCAUGGCUAGGCGGAUCCACAACGCCCGGGUCAACGAGAGCGUCGGCCUAGACCUCUACUCCUUCAACACGCUGAUCCGGGGCUGCGGGCAGGUGAUCUGGAGCGUGCACGGAAGGUGUUCGAUGGUCCGUUCUUUGGGCAGUUAUGAAGAAAAGUGUGGAUUAUGCUAUUCUCUGUUCCGAUUCUUGCACCUGUUGGUUUUUUACAUUCAGAGCUCUGGAAAAUAUGAGAUGAACUUACCUAACAUGCAGAAACCUGGAUGCGGGAAGGGCUCUGCGGUAGAUCGGUCAAGGGAACAGACUAUUGGAGCAGUGAAAAAGAAAAUGAAGGAACAGAUGGAUGAUUUUCAGGUAAUGAGAGAAUCAAUCGGGCAGGAGUACCGGGAAGUCGUUGAAAGAAGGGUAUUCACUGUAACUGGUAAUCGCCUUGAUGAAGAGACAAUUGAUGGUUUAAUCGAGACAGGAAGAAGCGAGCAGAUUUUCAAAGAUGCAGUUCAGCAGCAGGGGAGAGCCCAGUUUCAUGUGUUCACAGUGUACGAAGGUUAUCAUUGCACUUUUCCAAGCGGGGAAGAGUUAAAAUAUGGUGGCGGCGCAUCUUAGGGUCGGGUAGGGAGAGGAAGCAAGACGAUGUGGUUGUGAAGGGACGUUGGAGCUAAAUGAGAGGUGAGGAGUGGGAGAAGAGACUCCGAAGCACAUGAACAUGUGACUGAAAAGCGGAGAAUAGUGAAAAUACAACAGUGGUGCAUUUUUCUCUCGGUGCCCACUUCAAGUCAGCAUGUAAAUACAUCUUUUUUUUUUGUAAAUCUAAUUUCCUCCACAUUUCUACAUAAAGGGCAGCAUGCAAGGUAGGAACUUCAAUGACAUGCAAUAUUCGAAGACAUUCUGCGCCUUUUGCCCAUAGUGCGGGAAAGUGCAAGCAUCAAUUGUAGAUAGGACUGGAUGAGGCCCACCAUCAUUACAUAUCCGUUAAAUUACAAGU